CUGCUGAGGCACAGGAAGCAUUCGCAGUUCCAGGCAACGCCUGUGCCCAAAGUUGCACACCCGCUGAGAGCUUUUUCUCUUUUUUGCCUUUGCAAGCAUAUGGAUUUUUUAAUUCAGAGGGCUGCAACAGCAACUCAACAGAGACAAAGUAGUCUUGACGAAUGUUUGAUGUGCACAUCCCUCACACAGGAGAGGUCAAAAGGUUGCAAUAAUUGUUCAACUGGAGAGACUCAGUAAGCGGAUAAAUAGUAAGCUCUAACACUCUUUCCCUGCAGUUCUGCUUCCCUGCCUGUAAAGACCUUUGCUCUGCCUUCUAUUCAGCACUUGUGCCACUAUUGAGAGUUAGUCAUGGAAAAGCUGAUGAUUCUUUACAAAUACAAUCAAGCUUUCUGGAUUGCCCUCCUCUCACUGCUCGGCAGCAUUUGCGGUCUUCCUGUAGAUGUGGAUCCUGUCUGCACAGCUGGAGGCCAUGCUAAGUACAGGCUUGUCUUUAAAGGCAAGUGGAGUCAGACUGCCUUCCCAAAGCACUAUCCUCUCUUUAGACCUCCAGCACAAUGGUCACCCCUGAUUGGAGUAACACACAGCUCUGACUACCACAUAUGGAGAAGAAAUGAAUUUGCCAGUACAGGAGUAAGAGAGUUUUCUGAGAAGGGGGAAGCGUGGACAUUAAUGAAGGAAGUGGAAGCAGCUGGUGAAAAGAUUCAGAGUGUUUAUGGGAUAUUCUCUGCACCUGCUAUGUCCACUGGGACUGGUCAGACUUCACAUGAAUUUGAGGUUUUCGCCAGACACUCCUUACUUUCCUUCAUCAUAAGGAUAGUUCCCAGUCCAGACUGGUUUGUGGGGGUAGACAGCCUGAACCUCUGUGAUGGUGAUCACUGGAAAGAACAAGUUUCUGUGGACCUUUACCCAUAUGAUGCUGGCACAGACAGUGGUUUCACAUUUUCAUCUCCAAAUUUUGCCACCAUUCCUCAAGACAAAAUUACAGAGAUUACUUCCUCAGUUCCAAGCCACCCAGCAAACUCAUUCUUUUAUCCAAGACUGAAGCAUCUCCCUGCAAUUGCUAAAGUUACCAUUACUAAGUUGAAGGAAAGGCAUAUUAUUAGCUUGUCAACAAUUCUUUCUCAAUCCAAUCUCAUCCCUACGGGAAAUGAAAUAGAUGAUUCACUUGCAGACACACCACUUGAUUGUGAAGUAUCCACCUGGUCUUCAUGGGGUCUAUGUAAAGGAACAUGUGGCCAGACAGGAACAAAGUACAGAACACGUUAUAUUCGCCUACAUCCAGCCAACAAUGGAGAACCAUGUCCAAACCUUGAAGAUACCAAAGACUGUGACCCUGACAACUGUGUAUCUUAGAAAACCACAAGACUGAAUUAUGGAGUUUCUGUAUAUUCAUUUAACUGAAUCAUAGUAAAAUAAGAGAAAAAUGAACAACGAACACAGUUGCAAUUUAACUUAUUUGCUAUCUGGUAGACUUCCAGUAAAAUAUUCAAAUUUAGACUUUUUUGUUAUUAGCUCAGUGUUCCUUCCCAUUUUAAAUAUGUAUGUUUUAACUUUCUACCAUACAUAAAGAAUUCCAACAUACUGCUUAAAUUGAAUUCCCCUUUAAGUCUGGGUAAUGUCUCCCUCUUGUGAAAAUGCUGAAGUAUGCAUGAAUGAAAGUUGCUGGAAGUUGUGCUGUAAAACAGUAAAAUAAUAAUACUCCUGGAAACAGAAUUUUCACAAACACUAAUAAAGAAAUUGGUUUUAAAUUAA